UGUGUGUAUGCAUGUGGGAGAGUUAUAAAGGAGGUGGGACUGUGUACUAGAGAGAGAAGAGAAGAGAGAGAGAAAGAAAGGGUUUUGUGAUUGAGAGAAAGAGAGAGAGAGAGAGAGGAGAUGGGGAGAGGGAGAGUUGAGCUGAAGAGGAUAGAGAACAAGAUCAACAGGCAGGUGACUUUUGCAAAACGGAGGAAUGGGCUUUUGAAGAAAGCUUAUGAGCUUUCGGUGCUAUGCGAUGCUGAGGUUGCUCUGAUUAUCUUCUCCAAUAGAGGAAAGCUGUACGAGUUCUGCAGUAGCUCUAGCAGCAUGCUCAAGACAUUGGAAAGGUAUCAGAAGUGCAACUAUGGAGCUCCAGACACAAGUGUAUCCACAAGAGAGGCACUGGAACUGAGCAGCCAGCAAGAGUAUUUGAAGCUUAAAGCACGCUACGAAGCCCUACAACGUACUCAAAGGAACCUUCUUGGUGAAGAUCUUGGCCCUUUGAACAGCAAGGAGCUCGAAUCACUCGAAAGACAGCUUGAUAUGUCACUCAAGCAGAUCAGAUCAACACGGACUCAAGCAAUGCUGGACACACUCCAAGAUCUUCAGAACAAGGAGCAUGCCCUCAAUGAAGCUAACAAGAGUUUGAAACAACGGUUGAUGGAGGGGAAUCAGAUGAACUUGACUUGGAAUCAAAAUCCUCAAGAUGUUGGCUAUGGAAGACAACCCCAACACCACCAGCCUCAAGCUGAUGGAUUUUUUCAUCCUUUGGAUUGUGAACCCACUCUUCAAAUUGGGUACCAUACUGAUCCAAUAACAGGUGCAUCAGCAGGGCCUAGUGUGAAUAACUACAUGUCGGGUUGGCUGCCGUGAUGACUGAUGAUUAUUAGUGUUUCGAAGACCAAGCUUCCGACGACUCCGGUCUGAAGUUGGUCUCUCUUCAUAAAAACUCAAUCUUUUUAAUUUUAUGUGUGUUAUUUUCAUAAAAGCAAACAUGUUUAACUUUGAUCAGACAUUGGUAUUAUCAUUUUCCAAUCUGUUGGAGAAUAGGAACUAGCUAGUAUUGUAAGUCACACUCUGUUUGUGGAAUUUGCCUCUUGCUUUCUAUGCAUAAUGUGUAAAGAAAAUCUUUCAUGUUAUCA